CUGCGAAUCGGAAAAACCAAAUUCCGCUUCAUCGCCGCCGACGACAACCGUAAAUUCCCCGCUUCAGCUUAAAUUCAACGGUGCUCUUGAAAAUCUCUGUUUUUCGUUUUAUCGCGAUUUUGUCCAUUACUUUAUCCGUUUUUCCCCCAAAAUUUUAGAUAACACUGCAUCGAAGUUUCUGAGAGAAAGCAGCUCCGAUCAAUUACACAAAAGAAAUGGCUGAGAAAUUAGCUCCUGAGAAAAGCCACAGCUACAUUCACAACGGGCAAAAGGUGUUCGACUGGGAUCAAACGCUGGAAGAGGUGAAUAUGUACAUAGAGCUUCCAGCUAACGUUCCAAAGAAGUUAUUUCACUGCAAAAUUGAUUCCAAGCAUGUUGAAGUUGGGAUCAAAGGGAAUCCACCUUACCUUAAUCAUGAGCUUGCCUUCCCGGUGAAGACGGAUUGUUCGUUUUGGACUCUUGAAGACGAUAUAAUGCACAUAACCUUGCAAAAGCGGGACAAAGGUCAGACAUGGUCUUCACCUAUAAUGGGCCAAGCCCAGUUGGAUCCUUAUAAUGCUGAUCUUGAACAGAGGCGUCUCAUGCUUCAACGGUUUCAAGAAGAGAACCCGGGCUUUGACUUCUCGCAAGCUCAGUUCAGUGGAAAUUGCCCCGACCCAAUGACCUUCAUGGGCGGGAUCCGUUCUGGUUGAUGGACCUCUGUCUCAAGUUAUGUAUAUAUAGCAUAUUCUUAUCUGGACGCGAUCUUAAUUCCUCCCAACACCCAUUGUUCUCGACUAUUCGCGGAUCCGUGCACUAUUUACUGCCUAUGCUAGUCUGCCUGCACUACUUGUUAGGUUCCUGAUAAAAAUGUCGUCAUUUAUUUGCUGGAAAUUUUAUGUUUGCUAGUACUUCAAAGCACUUUAUAUUAUUAUUUUUUAUUUUGGUUUAUUAAUAUGAUAUGAAACUUGUUAUUCUUUCAUAA